AUAAAGAAUGAAAACAAAGUUGGUGAUUGGCUAGAAGAGUUACAUGAACGCUGCCCUCAAGUAAGAAGUAGAGCUUUGUUUUGGGUUUGUCGAGCUAAAGUCGCUGAGAGGGCUGGUUUUGGUCAGCAGCAUGUCCUCGCUUUGUAUGAACAAGCAAUUGAUCACAAAGCAAAGCCCACUGACAUUUUGAAAUCAGCGUUACAAGAUUUCACAAUCAGAUACUCACAAAGAAUGGACACUACACCCUGUGCAACUCCAAAACCUCUCCUAGGCACACCUGGGCCAGUGUCGUCAAGCACCGUAAAAUACUGCACCACCCCCAAGGUGGAGGAGGGUACAUCAUCUGUGGUCCGUUACUCUCUCGUUAAAUCCACGCCCAUUGUAAACCGGUAAGUCUACAACCCAAUAAAUCAAUACAAUCACAGCAUUUUAAUAAGGUUUUAUAUUAAUCAUUAAUAGUUUCAUUGUUGUUUCUCUCUUUUUUAUGUUCAAAAAUGCAAUAAAGCAUGCAAAUUUCCAACAACAUUGAGUUAUUUGCUAAAUAAAUUAUUA